AUGGUCGUGGUAGUGGUGUUCAACCCGAAGAGUCUAUCGGCGUUUUAUCAGUUGGGAGGACUGGUUGGAAUGGAAAAAGGGCUUCGCACCAACCGCAACACAGGUUUGAGCGCAGACGAGAAGUACUUGGAUGGAGAGGUAUCAUUCGAAACGGCGACGAGCCAUUUACCUUCUAAACUAGGCAGCUCGGGUCUAGAAAGCCCGCAGACGCUCGUUACUCGUUCAAACACCGGCCACAAACUUGGGCAUGGAUCCGACGACCAAUUCUUCGAUAGAAAAGGUAUUUACGGGGACAACAGACAGAAUUCCGGAGAAGAAAGGCAAGAGUUUUCUGCAGUUGUCUCGCUUGCUGUGGGUUUAUACCAAAGGUUUGGUGGCGAGCAUGAGAACGGGGAGCCAUCUGUUGAAUGGAUGGAGGGAGUGGCUAUCAUUGUGGCUAUUGUGAUUGUCGUGCUCGUUGGAUCUUUGAACGAUUGGCAGAAGGAAAGGCAGUUUGCCAAGCUCAAGAGGAAAAAGCAGGACCGACUCAUGAAGGCAAUUCGUUCCGGCAAGACUGUCGAAAUAUCCAUGUACGAUAUCCUAGCGGGCGACGUUAUUCACCUAGAGCCUGGCGAUCUAAUUCCCGUCGAUGGCGUUCUUAUUCAGGGUUUCAAGGUGAAAUGUGACGAGUCGCAAGCAACGGGCGAAUCAGACAUUAUCCGCAAGCGACCAGCAGACGAUGUGUUCGCCGCUAUCGAAAAUGGCGAUGAUACGAGAAAACUUGAUCGGUUCAUCCAGUCGGGAGGCCGAGUUAUGGAAGGAUCUAAGCUCAACGUUAUUGGUGAAUAUAUCGGCAAACUUGGAGGCGCCGCCGGUCUACUUCUUUUCGUUGUGCUUUUCGUCAUGUUCCUAGUCCGACUCCCCUCGAAUUGGCAGCAGACACGAUCCCAGAAAGGCCAGGACUUCAUCGCGAUUUUCAUCGUUGUGGUUACCAUCAUCGUUGUUGCGGUGCCCGAGGGUCUUCCCUUGGCUGUCAAUCUAGCGCUUGCCUUUGCCACCAACCGAAUGGUCAAAGACAACAAUUUGGUGCGUCAUUUGAAGGCCUGUGAAGUGAUGGGAAACGCGACAACUAUCUGCUCUGACAAGACUGGUACUUUGACUCAAAACAAGAUGACAGUUGUUGCGGGUACCAUUGGCACAACUCAUCGAUUCGGGAGUGGAAAGUCUGAGGGUAACAACAUGUCUGAGGAACCGUCGGAAAAGGACUUUGCCAGCGCGUUGGCUAAGAGCACGCAGGAGAUCCUUCUCAAAUGUAUUUCUCUGAAUUCCACAGCCUUCGAGGGUGAGAUGGAUGGUGUCAAGACUUUUAUUGGAUGGAAGACGGAAACGGCAUUGCUCGAAUAUGCCAAGGCUUAUCUUGGAAUGGGACCAGUAGGCGAAGAGAGGUCAAGUAUCAAGACACUGCAGCUCGUUGGAUUUGAUUCUGGCCGAAAAUGCAUGGGUAUUGUGGUCCAGAUGGAGAACGGGGCAGCUCGUUUGUACGUCAAAGGAGGAUCGGAAAUUGUGCUUAGGAAGUGUUCAUCGAUUAUCCGUGACCCUACCCGAGACUCGUCAAACGCAACUAUCACAGUCGACGACAAGGAUGGUGUCAAAAAUCUCAUCGAGAACUAG